AUGUCCGCCUCCUCCCUGAACCUCGCCAGGACACGGUCAACCAGCGCUGGGCGUGAUGGUCUCCCUUCCGCACGUCCAGCUCGCCCGCCGCUCCAGAACCGAACAUACUCGGCCCCCGUGGGCAAGCUGCACCUCCAGGCCGGCCGCUCGGGCAAGCAGGACGCCGCUGGGUUUACGGCAAUCGCAGAGAACGAGGCGACGAUGACGGGUCAGGAACCCGAAGACAAGGAGAAGGAGAAGGACAGCUCGGAGGAGGCUGCUACGUCUGGACACCAGCUGCCGCAGGUGAAUCUAGCAGUGGUGGGAGCUGCGGGCGUGGGCAAGUCGACGUUUGUCAAGUGCGCGCUCGACCUGAAGCAGACGCCGCUGGUUCGGUCCUCGAUCAAGAAGAUGUCCAUGGACGGAGCUAUCUACGUGGUCCGGCUGCUGGAAAUCGCCAUCCACAAGAUCACCCUGGACGACCGCGGCCGCAUCGUGUGGCCCAAGUGUCUGGGCGAGCAGGCGCUGCCUCCCAUCGACGGGGUUCUCUGCCUCUUCGAUUCGACCGAUCUCCGCAGCGUGUCCCAGUACCCACAGGUCCUUGUCAGCGCUGCUGGUACAACUGCUGAACGGACGGAAAUAUUAGAUGCCCUUCGGAAGUCGACCAACAUCCCUUUCCUCGUGAUAGCCUGCAAAUGCGAUGGCCCUCAGAACGAAUCCCAGCAGGACCCUUUAACCCUAGUGCAAGCAUGCCGGUCUCUACUGGGGUUGAAGGUGCAGAGAAUCUCGGCCAGCCAUCCAGAAUCCCACAAGAAGUGCAUCUCAACCAUCCUACGAGCCAUCAUCAUGCGUAGUGCUGGUAUGUCCAGUCCUCUCUCUUCUUCCCCCACCUUCACCUUCUCUUCUUCUCCUGCUCUGCUUGUCGACUGUUUGUCCCGCCCCUUUUGUGUAUGUGUGUCUGGGAAGAAGAAAAGAAACAAACACCCAUCACUAUGGACGGUAUUGGACCCCGUCUUCCCUCUCUCUCCAAUUCACCACGAGCCAGACACAGCCUGGAAGGUGAACAUUCCAACCAAAGGGCGUCUGCCUCUGCCUCUGCCUGCCCGCCCUCCGUUUGUUCUGGCUCCCCUCGGGGCUUUUGCUGCUUCAUCCCCCCUGUCUAUCACGCUAAACUCGCUCCCGGCUUUCUCCACCCACGCCUCGCACCGCCCAAAAAGAAAAGAAAAGAAGAAAAAAAGCGAAGACGAGGAAAGACGACGAGGCAGGAGAAGAAGAACUCUGCGCUAUCCCCCUGCUCUGGCUCCUAUGAAUUCGAGUUUGCCGGCCAGAGUCGAGCCUUUAGUCCUUCUGCUCGUCUUCUUCUUCCUUUUUUUUACUCUUUCCAUCCCCCCCUGUUCUGGUUGCGGCCGACUUUUUCACCACCUCCCCUUUCUUCUCCAAGCAUGA